AUGGCCUCUACGGAAAGAACAAAUGUCAACUCAUACGCGAUGGCCUCAUAUGGUCCAAUCUUGGAAUACAAAGCCGAGCUGGUUGGCAUACCAAUCAGUGGAGAAAUGAGGCAGUGGUGUGAGGAGAAGGAGAUCACCAUUCACGGAAUAGAGUUCAAGAUGCUGACAUAUUGUACUAUUGACAUGGAUAAAUCGGGUACUGUCAGGGUUUACGGCCAUUGGAUAGUUGAGUCAGAUGAAACAAGUUGCAAGAUGCUGUGGGAGGAUUUCAGGGAUGAAGGAUGUGUAUCCAAAGGAUACCACCGUAUUGAGGCUCGUAUGGGAAACCACAAAAUCCCAUGGGAUAAUUGGUGGGAGAUGUGCUCUACGACUCCGGUAGAUUAUGAUGGGCAUCAUUUCGAUCAUCCAGAUAUUUGUGAAUUGUGGUUCGUCAGUCGUGCAUGGGGCAUCUGGUUUAUCAAUGAUGACAGUUGCUGAUCCACUCUGCUUUGUAUGUAUCAUCCUUAUCUGACUGUGUUGCAACC